AUGGGGGUAAUGUCACAGCGGGUUCUGCCCGCCUGCAGCAGCCUUUGCUACUUCUGCCCCUCUCUGCGGGCACGCUCCCGGCAGCCUGUCAAGCGGUACAAGAAGAUCAUAGCAGACAUCUACCAGCUGCCACCGGAUGGAGAGCCAAAUGAUAGAAGGAUUGGGAAGCUCUGUGAUUAUGUCUCGAGAAAUCCAACACGCAUACCAAAGAUCACAGAGUAUCUUGAGCAGAGAUUCUAUAAAGAUCUGAGGCACGAGAAUUUUACAUUGGCCAAAGUUGUGCCAUGCAUCUAUAGGAAACUUCUUUGUUCAUGCAAGGAGCUCAGGCCAUUGCUAGCCACAAGCUCAUUAAGCACCAUUUGCACUCUUCUUGAUAUGAAAGCACAUGAUGAUCUACAGGUUCUGGGUUGUCUUAUGCUUGUUGACUUCCUCAAUGGCCAGGUUGACAGCACACAUAUGUUUAAUUUGGAAGGUCUCAUACCCAAACUUUGCAAAAUUGGUCAACAAUUAAGGGAAGAUGAUGAAGGGCUCCGUCUUCGAUCUGCAGCUCUUCAGGCUCUUGCUUCUAUGGUCCAAUACAUGGGUGACCACUCACACAUUUCAAUGGAACUUGAUGAAGUUGUCUCAGUGAUCAUAAACUGUCAUGAGGCUAAUCAAACACUCUCAAUAAAAGAGGUUGUCAGAUUUCAAGAUGAUGAUGAUUUGGUCAUUAAUGGGAACUUGGCUGUGUUACCAGUGUCUGGACAAAAUAGUGCCAAAGUGGCAUCUGAUACAAUGUCUGCAUCUGAAAAUCCAGCACACUGGGCAAGGGUUUGCUUGCGAAAUAUGGCUAAUAUUGCCAAGGAGGCCACAACUGUGCGGCGUAUUCUUGAUCCUGUUUUCCGCCUUUUUGACAGCCACGACUAUUGGUCUCCUGAAAGUGGGAUUGCCCUUUCUGUUCUGCAAGAAAUGCAGAAACUGAUGGACAAAUCAGGGCAAUAUGGUCAUUUGUUGUUAUCUUUCACUAUAAAGCACAUAGAUCAUAAAAGUAUUGCCAAGAAUUCUGUCAAGCAAAUCAAUAUUGUAAAAGUUGCUUCACAUCUUGCAAGGCAUGCAAAGUUGAAGGCAUCAGUGACAAUAGCAAGUGCAAUCAGUGACUUAAUAAAGCACUUGCGCAAAUGUAUGCAUUUUGCUAUUGAAGCGUCUAAUGCACAUGCUGAUGAUGACAAGUGGCACAGUGCACUUUAUGUGGCCUUGGAGGAGUGCCUAGUGCAGUUGACAGAAAAGGUUGGGGAUGUUGGUCCUAUUCUUGACAUGGUUGGGGUAAUGCUUGAGAAUCUCUCUCAUACUGCUACAAUCGCAAGAACAACAAUUUCAUCUGUUUAUCGCACAUCACAAAUAGCAGCGUCUGUCUACAAGUCAUCAUACCAUCAGAAGGCAUUUCCUGAAGCUUUAUUUCACCAGCUUCUGUUAGCAAUGUUGCACCCAGACAAUAAGACGAGGAUUGGUUCACAUCGUGUUCUAUCCACCAUUAUAGCACCUUCAUUGCUGUGUCCAUGGUCGGGCAUGAGCUUUCCUAUCCCAAUGAAGGGUGAUGAUUCGCAGAACUUGCAUUUGUUGGUUCUCUCAGCUUUCUCUUCCGAGGCCAUAAUCAAUGAAACACGGACCAAAAACAAGAUCCAAGCAUCCUUGCAGGCAAACAACAAAUCAGAAGCUAUAGUUGAUGCUGAGAAUGGAUACGCACAGAUGGAACCAGAUAAAAGGAAGUAUCCAGGGAGCCCAUGUCUGAAUGAGCAUUAUGCAUUUAAUGAUGAAAACCUAAAAUUCAUGAAGUUGAACAACCACCAGAUUGUUCUCCUCCUUUCAACUAUUUGGAGUCAAGCAUCUCUGAAUGAUAACUCACCUGCAAAUUUUGAAGCAAUGGGCCUUGCCUACAGCAUUGCUUUAUUAUGUUCAAAAUCAAAAAGCUCCAGUCAUGUGGCACUAGUUCGCUGUUUCCAGUUGGCGUUCUCUCUCAGGAGAAAGUCUCUUAGCCAUGAAAGUGAUUUGCAGCCAUCUCGUAGAAGGUGUCUGUAUACGAUGGCAUCAGCGAUGCUCAUCUUUUCAGCAAAAAAUGCUGAUCUUCACCAGAUAAUUCCUCCUGUGAAAGCCGCAGCACCAGAGAAAAUGGUUGACCCUCAUCUUUGCUUGAUGGAUGACUGCCAACUAGUUAAUACCUCUGCAGAGUCAUCUAACAGUGAGAUGGUUUAUGGUUCUGAGGAAGAUGAAAGUGAUGCACUGGCCUUUCUUUCAGCCAUAAACAAGCAUGACACGGAACUAAUAGAAACCGUGAUGUGCCACUUUAAGGAGAAGUUUGAAAAUUUACCAGAGAAGUUUAAUGGGAUAGAAGAACAACUUCUUCAAGAGUUUUCUCUGGAUGAUUCAUUUCCUCUUGGUGCCCCACUAUUCAUGGAGACGCCACACUCUUGUUUAGUGUAUGCAGAAAAGGAUGAACAAUGUUUUGAUGAGGAUACUGUUCCUUCUGAGCUAGACGACGACGACAUCAUCUUUGAGCAUAGUGGAUCUCAAUCUGACAGGAAAACGUCAGGUUCCAUGGCCUCGUCAGAUGUUCUAACUGUCAAUCAACUAAUAGAAUCUGUUCAUGAGACUGCAAGGCAAGUUGCUAAUGUUCCAGUUUCCGCCAACCCUGUACCAUACGACCAAAUGAAGAGUCAGUGUGAAGCCCUGGUCAUGGAAAAACAACAGAAGAUGUCUGUUCUCUUGAGCUUCAAGCACUCGAGGACUGACUCGCAUGGUUCAGCCGGUGUGGAUGGGCUCGAAACGAAUGAGUCUUCUUUGCGAUCUGAGCCAGAGUUGAGGAAGGGUCGCAUGCGCCGUUGCGAUUCAGCAUCCAGCGAAUCUGACUGUUCGUUCAGGCUGCCACCUGCUAGCCCAUACGACAAGUUCCUGAAAGCGGCUGGACGGUAG